AUGACGAAUUCUACCUUUGACCUUUCAUGGCUACCAACCGAUACAGAUGAACAAUUAUCAUUAGGGAUACGUAUACUAACUAAUGCAUAUAAAACGAGGAUAAAUUCGCAAGAGGGAGAGAUUAGAACUCUGAAAACGCAGUUGGCCGAAAAAACGGAUCACAUUGCAGCGAUUCAAAAGAAAUACAGUAAUAUUGAAGUACAGUUGAUUGAAUCAACGCAAAAAGUUAAUCAGAUUACGGAAGAAAACCAGAAUUUAAUCAACACAAUCAAGAACCUUUACAAAGAUCUGGAGAGACUGGAAUCAUUGAAGCGUGCCGUAAUUACAUCAAUUCAAAAUGACCAAUCUGAUUAUGAUGUAACUAGAAAGCACGCAUCCAUUGAUGAUUUGCUGGAAUGUGCUGCCCCCAGAUCCAUGAUGGAUUAUAACGGGUUUUCAUAUACCAAAGAUUUCUGCUCAAACAUUUCUAAAACUCUAGAUAACUCCAUAUUUUCCUCUAACAAAUCUAAUACAGCCUAUAAUAAGGAUUCAUCUGCUGAAUCUAAGGCCUUUUUCAAAAAAGUGAAAUCCUCACUAACAUAUGACGACUUUUCUAAAUUUCUAGCGGUUAUCAAACAAUUCAAUGCACAAGAAAUUUCCAAAGAUGAACUAAUAUCCCAGGCUACUCCAAUUUUUGGAACUGCAAAUGCCCACCUGAUUAAUUCCCUAAAGAAUCUAGUAAACCACCAGCCUUAA